UCGACAGUUUUCGUGCAUAAAUGCGCAAAUUAUUAGAGACAUCUGUCCAGAGAUUGUCAAAACAUGCGGACAGGAAAGCAAACCAACAAAACCCAGACUUCGAGCUGCAGCUGAUAUAAAUUAGGAAAGAUCGAUCUAAAAAAAAGCAAACUUAACCAUGAACGAUACAACAUCUAGUGAGUUAGAUGUGGAAGGAUACAAAGUUAGACAACAAGAAGGCAGCCUAGCAAUGCUUGCCUUUUACAUUUCUAUCUUCGUCGUGGGUUUGACAGAAAAUUCGCUCGUCCUCGUGGUUAUAUUUGGUAAGAAGGAAAGCAAAACUGUCAACGACAUUUUCAUCACAAAUUUGACUUUAUCGGAUGUUGUUUUUAUCACUGUCGCAUCGCCACUGAGCGUCUACAUCUACUUUGUACAGCAAUAUGGAUCGACGUUUGUCUGUAAAUUUGGAUUUCCCAUGAUAACAGCUACUUACUCUGUGAGCAUAGCCACGGUUGCAUCGAUGGCUAUACAACGCUGUUACGCGAUUCGGAAUCCAUUUAAACCGCAGAUUAAGAAACAUAAGUUGAUCAUGUGGCUGGUUGGCAUAUGGUGCUUGUCAGUUGUACUUGUUAUUCCUCAAAUCGUCGUCACAAACGUUUCUUCUACUCAAUCCUGCCACGAAGAAUGGUCUUCAAAGGCGUACCCCAAAUUGUACACAGUAUUUCUGUUUGUGUUUCAGUAUGUCUUCCCUUUGGCAGUGAUCAGUGUAUCGUACAUCAGAAUCGCUAUUUACGUUUCUGAGUCUAACUGCAACUCAAGGCAGUUAGGAACCAAUGUUCAAAACAACAAACGUGCAAAGGAAGAAAAGGCGGUCAAGAGAACAAUAAUUAUCAUACUGGUUGUGUUUUUACUCUGUAUGUUACCAAACCAAGUGACGUAUUUUCUCCUGGAUUUUGGCUCAGUGGAUCAGAAGCGAGCAGCCAUAUCUUUGUUAGACAAACCAGCAUAUUUAGACAUACCAACAUAUUUUCAUAGCUGCAUCAAUCCCAUUAUUUAUGGCGCGGUGUUUCGGCAGUUCCGAGAAGGAUAUGCUCGGUAUGUCUCCUAUAUCUUACAUUUCUGCUGUGGGAAAAGUUGUAGUAAGAAAAACAAUCAUGGCCGAGAAAAAGCUUUCGUAGAAGGUCUGGCCCCAAGACGGAGACGCGGACGUGAACAAGCAGAGCUCAAUGAACAAGUUUUAAUGGAAGACAAUUUCGUAGACAUAGGACAAAAUGAACAUCGGAGAGGUUUAACCGGUGAUGGGCCUUUUGGGAAUGUCGUCUUGGAAAGUAAUGUAUAGUACUAGCUUAUUUUAACAAAUAUUGCUGGGCUUUGGUGAAAUGGCCGAAGGCUGAAGGAAAAAUGUUGUGAGAUUUGCAACUGUUAACAGUUCUUCAACUCAUUCAGCUUAUACAAACUUUAUUGAAACAUAUCUUUUGGCGUUGUUUUUUUUCUGUAAUUAUUUCAGCAUUGUCUGUUUUUAGUCCUUAUGUAUAUAGAGGAUAUUACACGGCGGCGAGAAGA